GUGAGUACAAAGCAUAUUGACGACUUUGGCCUGUCACAUUUUUCCUGCACAGUAUUUAACAAAUACAGCAUGACAAACCACUACGAGACUCCACCUCAGGUUUGUCUAAACGGAGAGUUUUACAGUCAGUAUUUCCUGGAUUACAUAACUAAAGUUUACGCCGCCAUGAACAGAGACAAAAAGGCCAAAUCGAUGCUGUCCUUUAUGCACUUUAACACUGGACACGAGUAUACUGGGGUACGAAUGAUCAACAUGGAUGCCAACUUGGCAAAGUUCUUGAAUAAUAUAGUUCAGAGCCCUGACACUCUUACUGUGAUAUUUUCCGACCACGGCAACAGGAAUACUCAGUAUAGUUAUACUGAGGAAGGGAGAAGAGAGACUUUUGAUCCAAUUCUGUUUAUGAUAAUUCCAGACCAAGUGGCUGAAAAGCUCGGCCAUCAGCGAAUGACGGCCCUGGUUGAAAACCAAAAGCGUCUCUUUACGUUGCUGGACCUACAUAGAGCACUCGUGUCUUUAAACCAUCCUGAACUAAUGAACUCCCAGAAUUCCACGGCAGUAGGGAUAUUUUCUGUUUUACCAGCAAACCGCACAUGUGCAGAUUUGCAGUUGAUGCCGCUGACCAGGUGCAAGUGUGAAGGGUUCGACGAUUAUAGUCGGGCAGAAGACAACUCAAAAAACCACAAAUGGCUGGCGGAGUUUGCACUCGGGACCUUAAAUGAUGCCAUACAGACACAACAUUUAGGAGGUACAUGUAAUAGUGAACUUAUUUAAUAAGCAACUACAACGACGAGGUCAGGGUAACGUCACUAAAAAGUAAAUUUCAUUCUUCAAACUCGUAAUUAUUCUGCCUGUGACAAUUUCCAUUUUCCUGCAGAUUAAUUGUUAAAGUAGUGCAUUCAAGUUUAUAUGGUGAAAAGAAAAUUAGCUGUAGUGUAAUCACGUCCGUUGUUAAACGACUAACUAGCAAAUUUCAUUUCUAAUUUGGGCGGAGGAAACCAAAGAAACAUACCCGCAAAAGUGUGAUGGACUGGCAAAUCUUCUUUUGCCAGAAAAAAAAAUUGACGUUACAGCCUCUUAUUAGUUUAGGUAGCGGCCCGAAGUCAUUCACUCAACUCGUAGAAAUCGCCAAAUUGUUUUGAAGGUCAAAGAAAACGAUCUUUACGCCGGGGAGAGCAAAUUGUAAACAUUCAAUUCUCCACUUACAGUGGUGAUAAAAGACACCAUGGUUUGGUCUAAAAGGGUAGUAACGAGCGAACGUACCUACCUGUUAUAGAGACGACUUACCCAAAAAUUUAGGACAAAACCGUCCGAAUUUUGCAAAAAGUACACUUUCGGUUGAUGUGUGUAGCUCAAAAUCGUCUUUCGAGCGGUUUCCGUUCGUUUUUUACAGGUGCUGGUGAAAUUGUAACCUCGUCUCAAAGGUAUGGCUAUGGAAACUGUCAGCGCUUGGUGGGGAAAUCAUUUACUAAUAUUCUGCAACGUUUCCAAGGAGGCUACAUCUUGACGACAAUGGAUCUCCACGUGGUCCCUUCAGCUGGUUUUACGGAAGACGAAGUCUUUAAAGUUUCCUUGAAAAACUAUGCAAAGCCGGAAGACAAAGUUUGGUUGACAAGUUAUACUCGGCAGUCCAGAUAUAGCAAAUUUGAGGCAUGCGCAGACAAGUCAGUUGACGUUAGACUUUGCGCAUGCGCUACUGAUCAAACUAAUGUUGCUGAACCAGUCAGCAAUGGGGUUCCAAGUAAAAUGUUUGGUUCGGAGACCGUUGUAAAAGACCUCCACUUAGGAUGUCUUUUAUUUCUGAGAAGGGAUCACGGAUCAACCUCUUUAGCGUUGGAAGUAGCAAACGUAUGUCACAAUAGCACUUACAAAUUUAAACUGGACGGUGGAGGAUCAGAGAGACUGUUUUCUAAAACCCUUCCCAUAAAUGUUGAAUUGCUACCCAGGACAUUUUAUUUUCUAACAUCCAUUACGAAGUAUGCGUCGAAAUUCACCUAUCAAUUACAUUUUACAGCAAGUGUGGAAGUUAAAAAUGACAAUUCAGAAGAUUUUAUAAACUUAGGAGAACAUGACAUGUCUGAGUAA